CUCCGAGAUCUCGUCCAUGCAAACAAAGAUGGUGGCUCCCUGACCGUCCAUGUGGCUCCGCAGACAGACAGUUUCCUCCAUAAGUUCACAUUCAGAGAUUAAAUAGCGCAGAAAGAGGCGGGAGAGUCUGCGGGAGAGUCUGCGGGAGAGUCUGCGGUGAGGCUGCGAGCAGCUCCGACACAAACUCACGAUGCAACACGACGACGUGAUCUGGGAUAUUAUCGGGAACAAACAGUUCUGCUCCUUCAAAGUCAAGACGAAGAGUCAGGGCUUCUGCCGCAAUGAAUACAACAUCACGGGGUUGUGUAACCGCUCGUCGUGUCCGCUGGCCAACAGCCAGUACGCCACCAUCAGAGAGGAGAAAGGUCAGUGUUUCCUCUACAUGAAGGUGAUUGAGAGAGCAGCGUUUCCUGCCAAGAUGUGGGAGAAGGUGAAGCUCAGUAAGAACUAUGAGAAAGCUCUGGAACAGAUCGAUGAGAAUUUGAUCUACUGGCCUCGAUUCAUCCGACACAAAUGCAAACAGCGCUUCACCAAGAUCACCCAGUACCUGAUCCGCAUGCGCAAGCUGGUCCUCAAGAGACAGAGGAAGCUGGUUCCUCUCAGCAGGAAGGUGGAGAGGAGGGAGAAGAGGAAAGAGGAGAAAGCUCUGAUCGCCGCUCAGCUGGACAACGCCAUCGAGAAGGAGCUGCUGGAGAGACUCAAACAGGGAACGUACGGAGACAUCUACAACUUCCCGGUCCACGCCUUCGACAGAGCUCUGGAGCAACAGGACGCAGAGAGCGAGUCGGAGUCAGAGGAGGAGGAGGAGGAGGAGGAGGUGGAUGACGAGGACGUUGGGAAGAGGGAGUUUGUAGCAGACGAAGAGGUGGAGGAGAGCGACCUGAGCGACUUCGAGGAAAUGAACAAACUGAGGACGAGCAGCGACGAGGAGGACGAGGAAGAGGAGGAGUCCAGUGAGGAGGAAGAGGAAGAGGAGGAAGAGAUGGAGAUGGAGACGAAGACAAAGGCGUCCAGAUCUAAAGGCAAAUCUCCAGCUAAUGGCUCGGCGGCGAGGAAGAAGCGGGCGUACGUGGAGAUCGAGUACGAGCAGGAGACGGAGCCCGCCUCCAAGAGCAGAACCACGUAGUGAUGUCACAGCCGCCGCCGCCGCCAGUCAAACUGUGAGCGGCCUGUGAGGUCAGCGGACUCUCUGCUGAGGACACGCCCCCUCCGUCGGUUCUCCGUCAGUCUUUCUGAAACUCUGUUCGUGUUUUUAUUAAAGCUUUCUGAGCUCGGACGGACGUUGGAGUUCGUCUCCGCAGCCGAACCUUUUCUCUUCAGUAACGAGCCGCUCUGACCCCGAACUCCCACCGGGCUUCACAACGCCACAGUUUGGUUCUGUGAUCCAGAUCCAGAGCGUCUUCCUGCCAUACGUUGUUGUUUGUGUUUAUCUGCUCUGUUGAUGCGUGAAAUUCAAGUCUGCUCACAGUAUUUUAUUUUGAAAAUUUACCAGAGUCUCUGUGGCCUUCCAGAUGCAAGUGGGUUGCGGCUUUUUCAAAAUAAAAUACCGUGUGCAGACUCAGCGUCAGUCAGAGGAGAUUUGGCUCCACAGAUGACAGGAAGUGUUGGGAGAUACGGUGAACAUUAAACAGAAUCAUGUUUCAGCUUUUCAGAAAGUCCGACGAGAGAAACUCUUUGUUCAUACAGAGACAUUUUCUAUGUUGGAGACACGGGACGGAUCUGACCUGGAAUCAGAUCGGCUCUGAAUAAAUCACCCAAAGUGACUUUAACUCUUCUUCUGCUUAAAAAAAACCGGCUUUGUUCUGUCUGUUUUGUUAAAUAUUAAAUGUGUAAAUGAACAAACGUCAAUAAAUGAACUUUGGAAAAAAGAA